CGAAGGUUCUCUUGUUUCCCGAGUGCGACUUUCCAAGCCCAGAAAUUCCAGAAACUUUUCGCGUUUUUGUCUUCGUUUUUACCGAAAAAGAGCCCAAAGUUUCAACAGAGAGUAACGGAUGAAGAAGCUCACUGCAAUUGUUUCAACUUUCUCGAUCUUAAUACUUUGUUUUCAAAUGCUCCUCCAUGUUCAUUCGAUACCUCUCUUAUUAGGAAACCAGGUUGAUGAGGAAUCUUCUGGUCGAAGGAAUCUUAAACAGGAACCGGAGCAUACUCGUGAAGUGCAUUGCUCUAGAGAGAGAAGUAGGGUAGCAUCGAAAGUAAUAGAGGAGUAUUUGACACCAUUUGUGGAAAAAGAAAACUAUCAGCUUUCAAGAAAGUGCAGACUUCACCCUGAGAAUGAUAUGUUCAGGGAUCAAGAAGAGAAUAAAAUUUACAUAGACUAUCAUGAGUGGCGAUGUGGAUAUUGUAAGAAAAGCUUCCGUGAGGAAAAAUUUCUUGAUCAGCAUUUUGAUAACAGACACUACAAUCUUCUGAAUGCAAGUGAUGGGAAGUGCUUGGCUGGUUUGUGUGGGGCAUUGCAUUGUGAUGCUGUAAUGAAUUCCAAGUCCUCUAGAUGCAAGUGUAAUCCAGCAGCUGCUGCAAGAAACCUUCACCUAUGUGAGAGUCUUGCUGACAGUUGUUUUCCUAUAAGCGAGGGUCCAUCAGCAAGCCGCCUUCAUGAAUUGUUUCUGCACCAAUUUUGUGAUGCUCACACCUGCUCAGGGAAACAUAAACCGUUCUCUAGAGGAGGCAAGGUUCAAGUAAGUUUCUUCCGCCUAGCUGCUGGAGCAUUGAUCUUAGUGCUACUUCCUGUGUUCUAUCUUUUUCUUUAUUUGGUUCAAAGUGAUAUGAAGAGUCGAACUCAAGAGCUUCGUCGCAUCCCAAAAAGAGGGAAAGCAAAGCCAUCAUGAUUGGUAACACUAUAAACUGUUGCUAUCAUCAUCCAGGGUGAAUCAGUGAAUGGGUUGACAAAGAUAGGAAGGUGCAUUGCGUAAUGUUGAUCUUGGCCUUUCCUCCUGGUAGAUUUCUUUGCAUGUCCGUGUCAACAAGGAGCAAUGGAGAAUUACUAGGAGCGCAUGAAGGAAAUUAAACUUCUCACUGGUCUAAAGUCUUUACACACUUCCCCUGAGGUAGUAUGGUGCUUUGUUGUUGAAGGGCACAGAAACAUUAUUUGAUGAUCAUACACCUUUCGUCCAUUACGCCGUGAAUGAGGUUAUUAUUACAUGAGCAGUUUAUUAGUCCAUGUUCCAAGUUUUGCUCAAAAUUGUGUAAUUGCUCACCUUCUUCAGUUUAAAAACCUCAAUCCACCAAGCUUAAGCAGAUUCGAGGCCAAACCCAUAGAAAGGCUUGUUCUCCUACAACUAUUAUUGCAGCCUUGUUUUUUCUAAUGGCUUAGAAUAUGUUUGCAGUUAUAACCACUCUUACUGUAUGCUGAUUGCGUAAUUUUUUAAUUAGUUCAACUCAAGAGCUCAUUGCAUUAGGUAUGAUAGGGUAAGUUCAUAUAAUGAAUUAGGAUUUUAUUA